UCCAAGCCAGCUUCCUUCUACUUUGAAAUGAACAAAAACAAAAGCGAUAUGAUAGAAACAUAACACCAGGAGGGAAGAGAGCAAGAGAAAAGGUGACACGAGCUCAAGGGAGUAAUGGAGAGAAACACAUACCAAAGUCCGCUGGGAGAUAAAGAAGAAGCACAAGCCCGCACCUUUUGGGCAGUCAUGAGCACAACACCAGCCACUUCUGAACCACCCAGCAAUGAGUCUACAGGGAAGAGGGUUGCCCUUGGAGUUCCUGACAUCAUAGUUGUCGUCAUUUAUUUUGUGUUCGUCCUUACCGUUGGAAUAUGGUCCUCCUUUCGAGCCAGUCGGGGAACAGUUGGAGGCUAUUUCUUGGCUGGAAGAUCUAUGACAUGGUGGCCUAUUGGAGCAUCCCUAAUGUCAAGCAAUGUGGGGAGUGGCUUAUUUAUCGGCCUGGCAGGGACAGGAGCGGCAGGAGGCCUUGCGGUUGGGGGCUUCGAGUGGAAUGCCACCUGGGCAUUGCUUGUCCUCGGCUGGAUUUUUGUGCCUGUGUACAUCUCUUCAGGAGUGGUCACCAUGCCAGAAUAUCUGAAGAAAAGAUUUGGAGGGCAAAGGAUUCAAAUCUACCUCUCUGUACUUUCCCUUAUUCUUUAUAUAUUCACUAAAAUCUCGACAGAUAUUUUCUCUGGUGCCCUUUUUAUCCAAGUCUCCUUGGGCUGGAACCUUUACCUCUCUACAGUGAUCUUGUUAGUAGUAACAGCUGUCUACACUAUAGCUGGGGGUCUAACUGCAGUGAUCUACACAGAUGCUUUGCAGACAGCGAUCAUGGUGAUUGGAGCUUUGGUUCUUAUGUUUAUAGGCUUUGAUAAAGUUGGGUGGUAUGAAGGCCUGCAAGAGAAAUAUAGUAAAGCAGUACCCAGUGUCAUUGUCCCAAAUACUACCUGUCAUUUGCCACGGCAAGAUGCUUUCCACAUGAUAAGAGAUCCUGUCUCUGGGGAUAUUCCAUGGCCUGGGCUUGUAUUUGGCCUUUCAGUGCUUGCUCUUUGGUGCUGGUGCACAGAUCAGGUCAUUGUGCAAAGGUCACUUUCAGCAAAGAACCUCUCUCAUGCGAAAGGUGGAUCAGUACUGGGUGGAUAUUUGAAAAUUUUCCCCAUGUUUUUCAUUGUAAUGCCAGGCAUGAUCAGCAGAGCUCUCUUCCCAGACGAAGUCGGCUGUGUAGACCCAAAAAUCUGCGAGAAAAUCUGUGGAGCUAAAGUCGGUUGUUCAAACAUUGCUUACCCAAAAUUGGUCAUGGAACUGAUGCCUGUAGGACUCCGUGGUUUGAUGAUUGCUGUAAUGAUGGCUGCCUUGAUGAGCUCGCUUACAUCUAUCUUUAAUAGCAGCAGCACCCUCUUCGCCAUAGAUAUCUGGCAGCGACUCCGCAAGAAGGCCACUGAGCAGGAGCUCGUGAUUGUUGGAAGACUGUUUGUUCUGAUUCUCGUCGCCAUUAGCAUCCUCUGGAUCCCCAUCAUCCAGACGGCCAACAGCGGUCAGCUCUUUGACUACAUUCAGUCAAUAACUAGUUACCUAGCGCCACCCAUCACUGCACUCUUCGUUCUAGCAAUCUUCUGCAAGAGGAUCAAUGAGCCAGGAGCUUUCUGGGGCCUAAUGUUUGGGCUAGCAGUUGGCAUCAUCCGGCUGGUUAUGGAAUUUAUCUAUACAGCACCUUCAUGUGGAGAGGAGGACCAAAGGCCAGCCGUGAUGAAAGAAGUCCAUUAUCUCUACUUUGCUAUUAUCCUGUGUGCACUCACAGCUGCUGUCAUUUUCUUUUUAAGUCUCUGCACACCACCAAUCCCUGAAGAAAAUCUCGCCCGUUUAACAUGGUGGACUAGACACAACAAAAAGGUUGGGGAAGACCUAGAGACGCACAUCUACCAAACCAUAGAGACUACCUCCACCAAGAUACAAAAUGAUUUGGAUACUAUACAGUCAGGAAAUGGAGACUUAGUAUGUGAAGAACAUGAUGAAGUGAGGCAGCCUUGCUGGAAGAAACUUUAUUUCUGGUUCUGUGGAAUCUCCACUAGCCCCAAGCCCACUUUAACAAGAGAAGAGGAAGCAGCCCUUCAAAAGAAGCUGACAAGCAUUGAGGAAAAGUCACUGUGGAAAGCUGUUUGCAAUAUCAAUGCUAUAAUUCUUUUGGCUAUCAACAUCUUCUUAUGGGGUUACUUUGGGUGAACCCAAAUUUCUGAGAAAAAUCAUGUGGUUUGAUUGGUCUGGCUUGAUUUAGAUUGAAGGGCUGAAAGGAAUUAUAAAUCCUGGCACAAAAAAAACCCUAAGUUUUUAUUGAGACAUUGACCUACAUUAUCUUGCAACCUAAUAUUUCUGUCAGUCAAGUGAGAAACACUCUUAACCUACCUCAAAAGAUUAAUAUGGAAACAAACAAGAUAAAGCAAUUUAUAUACCAAAUGUGUGCCAUAAAUUAUUC